AUAAAGGCAUUAGAAAGGCAAAAUGAUAUGCAAUCCGAAAACAUAAAGGAGCUUAGGACAAUGAUUAAAACACAAGAUGCAAAAAUAUUGCAUUUGCAUCUCCAGCACGCUGACAAAAUUGAUCUUGUAAAUAAAUCAAACUUGAUGGAACCUAAACCAAGGAAUUUCCAGAGUAAGAAAGCUCCAACUUUCGAAGGGCCUGAACUUUCUGAAAAAGUGAUGCGUACCCAAACACAACACCGGAUAGCUCGAGCUUCAGACACUCCAAUUGCCUUUUACGCUUACUCCUCUCAAACAUUCUCAAGACCUAGUGACCACCUCGUCUUGAGCUUCGACACAGUAAUCACAAAUGGUGGUAACAGUUAUCAUCCUCAUUCCGGAGUAUUUAUUGCACCUCGGUCUGGAUAUUAUGUCUUUACGUGGUCAUUGAGGGUUGAGGGCGAUGCUCAUAUUUCGACUGAACUUAUGGUAAAUGGAGCGCCUCAAAGUUCCAUUUAUUUUGACGCGACGCAUUACGUAGGUGGAAACACAUCAGGGACGGUUGUCGUUCAAGUUAACCAGGGCGAUGAAGUGUUUGUACGUACGACCAAGGAUAAUUUCAACGGCGGUGACAUUUUAAGUGAUUAUAUGGGACGAACAUAUUUUGGGGGCUGGCUUUUGCAUGUAGCUUAAAUUUGUUUCAGUUUUGAUUUAAGCCUCCUAAAAAUAUGAAAAUAAACUUAUA